GUCAAUAAACAGGUUUGGUUUAAUUUUCAAGUAAUCUUUUGGCAAAGAAAAUCUUAAACAGAUCAUAUCUACCAUCACUUCUUUUGCUUACCCACUCUCAAUAUUUUCUUUUCCUUUCUGUGUGGGCCAAUAACUUCAUUAUUAGCCCUCAAGUAUUUUGAAAUAUUUUGACAAUUUCACCUGAGAUAGUCUUUAUCCACCUACACACAAAAUCUCCUUUACUGUGACAAGUGGGUAUUAUGAUGCUGUUGCCACAGGAAUAUUUGCAACUGAAGCAUAAAUGUUUUCUUUCUGUGGGUGUUUCUCUUUCUCAGAACAUCAAUAUCUUGAGUAUAUAAGGCUUUUUCUUUAUAACUACAAAGUGAGAGGAAAAUGUACAAGAAAAGUUUUUAUUUUUUAAAUAUUUUAUUUAUUUAUUUGAGAGACAGAGACAGCACUAGCUGGGGAGAGGGCAGAAGGAGAGGGGGAGACAGACUCCCUACUGAUCAGGGAGCCUGAUGCAGGACUCGAUCCCCGGACCCUGGGAUCAUGACCUGAGCCGAAGGCAGAUGUUUAAUGGACUGAGUCACCCAGGCGCCCUGAAAAGUUUUAUUUUUAAAAGACAAAGUAGUAUUUUGACAAUACUCCAUUACAUUUGCUAGGGAUUCUUUGAAUCCCACUGAAUAUGCCAAUUUUGUCCUAAUCUUUCCUCAGAACUACCUGUAGAUUUCCUCCCAGUUUUAACUGUAUGCUGUAGUAUGCCUGCUAAAUAUGCUUAUCCUUCAAAUCCAGACAUUUACAUGCAUGAAAGCAGAAGAGUGAGAAUGUUUUCCUGUAUUUUGAUGGGUUUUCAAAUGUAUUACCAGUCAUUUUCCGUAAAUGGCAUUGGGUUUGUUACUCAGAAAAAGGCAAGUUUACAAUAUUCUUUGGAUUGCUAAUUUUCUCAAACACGAUUUUGAAAUAUAAUAUAUUAGUAAAUUGUAAAGUACUACCCUUAUUUCCAGUAAAUGCAAGUUGAAAUGCUUCCAUUUUGCCCUGAAAAUGCUGUGUCUUAUUCACUUGACUUCUGUCAGUGUGCUUCUGAUAAUGUAUACAACUGCAUUUCUUGUUUUUAGGUUUCCAUAUUGUUAUGAAAUUUUGAUUUCUAAAUAUUAAGCUGACAACCCUUUAAAAUAGCUCCUCUAUUUAGGUAUAUUUAAAAAUCUGUAAAAAUCUGCCCCCUAUUACAGCCGAGUGAGAAAGUUUCAUUUAUUCUAUUAUAUGAUUUCUCAAAACAGGAAACACCUAGGAAGAUGUCCUAUAAUAGGUGUGUUUUUUUGGGGUGAUGAUAUCAAAUUAUUUGCAUUAAAAUUAUAUGAUUAAAAUUACUUUGUAUAGAAACUUCAAAUUCAUUUAAAAAAAGCUCACUGGAAAAACAGAAUACAGCCAUAGAAAAUAAUCUCAAGAAAGCGGCUCUGUAUGAAAAAUUUUAGAGAAAUACAAAGAAGUUGAUUGAAAUUUCUGUUGAAAGGAACACUAGUUUUUUAGUUGCCUCUACUUAACAUCCCUAUUUGAAGAACAGUAGGUGGAGCUAUUUAAGGUACAAAAACCAAAAAGCCUUCCUGGAGUUCAAGAUUGUGCAGUAAUUGGUUAGGACUCUGAGCGCCGCUGUUCACCAAUCAGGGAGAGAAAAAACAGAGAUCCUGCUUGCCCUGCAAGCGCCUGAAGCACAAAGCCCAGAUAGAUCUCCGGGACUGUGAGGAAACUGUUGGAUUCUGAAGACGGGAAAAACUGGUCCGGACUUCGGUGGUCUAGGGAAGAACUGGAAGUAAUAUCUUCUGGGAAAGUGACGAUGAUUCCUGAUCGACUGCAUCAGGACUGCAAAGGGCUUGUCCUGCUGGGAGUUCUCCUGGGCAUUCUGUGGGAAACCGGAUGCGCCCAAAUUCACUACUCGGUUCCUGAGGAGCUGGAGAAAGGCUCUAGGGUGGGAAACAUCGCCAAGGACCUGGGGUUGGAGCCCCAGGAGCUAGAAGAGCGUGGAGUCCGUAUAGUCUCCAGAGGUAGGACUCAACUUUUCGCUCUGAACCUUCGAAGUGGCAGCCUAAUUUCUGCAGGCAGGAUAGACCGGGAAGAGCUCUGUAUGGGGAUCUUAAAGUGUCAAUUAAAUCUGGAGAUUCUGUUGGAAGAUAAAGUAAAAAUAUAUGGGGUAGUGGUAGAAGUGAGAGACAUUAAUGAUAAUGCCCCCUAUUUCCGGGAAGAUGAAUUAGAAAUAAAAGUGAGUGAAAACGCCGCCAUUGGGUUGCGGUUCCCUCUUCCCCACGCUUGGGAUCCGGAUAUCGGGAAGAACUCUCUCCAGAGCUACGGACUCAGUAGUAAUACUCACUUCUCCCUGGACGUGCAAAGCGGAGCGGAUGGUAACAAGUACCCAGAAUUGGUUUUGGAGCGCGCCUUGGACCGGGAGCAGAAGGCUGUUCAUCACCUUGUUCUCACGGCCUCUGAUGGGGGCGACCCAGUCCGCACAGGCACUGCAAGCAUCCGCGUCAUGGUAGUUGAUGUGAAUGACAACGCACCAGUAUUUGCUCAGUCUGAGUACCGAGUGAGCGUUCCAGAGAAUGUGGCUGUAGGCACUAAGCUGCUUCUGGUAAGCGCCACCGACCCUGACGAAGGAGCCAAUGCGGAAGUGAUGUAUUCUUUUCGUUAUGUGGACAACAAGGCAGCCCAAGUUUUCAAACUAGAUGCUGAUUUAGGGACAAUUUCAACAAUAGGGGAGCUGAACUACGAGGAAUCCGAAUUCUAUGAGAUGGAAGUGCAAGCAGUGGAUAACGCAGGAUAUUCUGCACGAGCCAAAGUCUUGAUCACAGUAUUGGACGUGAAUGAUAAUGCCCCUGAAGUAGUUGUCACCUCUCUCUCUAGCUCCAUUCUGGAAAACUCUCCCAGAGGGACAUUAAUUGCCCUUUUAAAUGUAAAUGAUCAAGACUCUGGGGAAAAUGGCCAAGUGAUCUGUUUCAUCCGAGGGAAUCUGCCAUUUAAAUUAGAAAAGUCUUAUGGAAAUUACUAUAGUUUAGUGACAGACACACCCCUAGACCGGGAACAGGUUCCUAGCUACAACAUCACGGUGACCGCCAGUGACAGAGGAAGUCCGCCCCUGUCCACGGAAACUCACAUCUCACUGAAGGUAGCAGACACCAAUGACAACCCGCCCACCUUCUCUGACGCUUUCUACUCUGCCUGUAUCGUGGAGAACAACCCUAGAGGAGCCUCCAUAAUGUCCGUGACUGCCUAUGACCCCGACUAUGGAGACAACGCCCAGGUCACUUAUUCACUGGCCGAGGACACCCUUCCUGGAUCACCCAUAUCCUCCUACAUUUCCAUCAACUCCAACACUGGCGUUCUGUAUGCGCUGCGUUCCUUCGACUAUGAGCAGUUCCAAGACUUGCAUCUACACGUGAUGGCGCAGGAUAGCGGCGACCCUCCACUCAGCAGCAACGUGUCUCUGAGUGUAUUCGUGCUGGACCAAAACGACAACGUGCCAGAGAUUCUGUACCCCACCCUCCCCACUGACGGCUCCACCGGUGUGGAGCUGGCACCCCGAUCCGCAGAGCCCGGCUAUCUGGUCACCAAGGUGGUGGCGGUGGACAGAGACUCUGGCCAGAACGCCUGGCUGUCCUACCGCCUGCUCAAGGCCAGCGAGCCAGGCUUCGCGGUGGGGCUGCACACGGGCGAGGUGCGCACGGCGCGGGCCCUGCUGGACAGAGACGCGCUCAAGCAGAGCCUGGUGGUGGCGGUGCAGGACCACGGCCAGCCCCCUCUCUCGGCCACCGUCACGCUCACCGUGGCCGUGGCCGACAGCAUCCCAGACGUCCUGGCCGAUCUGGGCAGCAUCAGGACCCCCAGCGACCCAGACGAUUCGGACCUCACGCUCUACCUGGUGGUGGCGGUGGCCGCAGUGUCCUGCGUCUUCCUCGCCUUCGUCAUCGUGCUGCUGGCGCUCAGGCUGAGGCGCUGGCACGCGUCGCGCCUGCUCCAGGCUUCAGGAAGCGGGCUGGUGGGCGUGCCGGCCUCGCACUUUGUGGGCGUGGACGGGGUGCGGGCUUUCCUGCAGACCUAUUCGCAUGAGGUCUCGCUGACCGCGGACUCGCGGGAGAGUCACGUGAUCUUCCCCCAGCCCAACUAUGCGGACACGCUCAUCAGCCAGGAGAGCUGUGGGAAAAGCGAGCCUCUUUUGCUGUCAGGUAGUUCAGCGUUUUCUAAAGAUAACCGCGCAUUAACUCAGAUUUUGGGAAUGCAGUGUAUGCAUGUGUUUCCAGAUACUAGCUUCCUCACCUUAUGACUGAAUUUCACAGAGGCCACAUGACUUGCU